AUGACGACUCGUAAGCGCCGCGCUCCCGGCGCAUCACCCCAGGCUGCCACGCAGACGUUCCAGCAAGAUAUCCCCAUGCAAAAUGACGGUUACAUGACGUGGCACGAUGCCGGGCUCAACGCCGACAUGAAUGGGUUCAGCGACCCCUCACUCUACGACACAUAUGGCGCCAGCAUGGGCGGCGGAGGACACAACAGAGUCGUUUCGCUCGACGGCCUCAACGAUGCCACCGAUGCGAACGCCGGCCAAUUGGUGCGCAGGAACCCGAAUCAGCAGCUCGCGCCGGCCCCGAGGCGGAAUGGCUGGGACGGCUAUGGCAAUGGCGAUGGGCAGGGGUGGGAGGCGGCCGACGAUUCGAUUGAGGAUUUGGAGGCCAAGGCUGCCAUUGCGAAGAAGGAUGCACAGGCAAAACGGAAGCAGAUUCCCCCGUUUGUGCAGAAGUUGAGCAGUUUUCUCGACAACAACAAGAAUGAAAACCUCAUCCGAUGGUCGGACGACGGCAACUCGUUCAUCGUGCUGGACGAGGACGAGUUCGCGCGCACGCUCAUCCCGGAGCUGUUCAAGCAUAACAACUACGCCUCCUUUGUGCGCCAGCUGAAUAUGUACGGCUUCCACAAAAAGGUCGGCCUGUCGGACAACUCGAUGAAGGCCAGCGAGACCAAGGCGAAGGCACCGAGUGAGUACUACAACAAGUACUUCAAGCGUGGUCGGCCGGAACUACUCUGGCUCAUUCAGAAGCCCAAGAACCCGCCGGCUGGCCCAAAGCGGAAACGGGACGACAACGGCAAAGACGACAGCGAUGAAGAGCGCAAGUACGUGCAAGACGCGGGUGGCGGAGGCUAUGUCGAGGAGCUGGCCGUGCGGAAUAACGAGCACAUGGCUAUGAUUCCACGGUCAGAGUACAACAGCCUGCGGGUCGAAGUCCGGGAGCUCCAGCAACAGCAAAAGCUCAUCUCGAACGUGCUGACACAGAUUAAGCGGCAGAACGAGGAGCUGUAUUCACGCGCUACCUCUUUCCAGGCACUGCACGACCGACAUGAGAAUUCCAUCAACGCCAUCUUGACCUUCCUGGCCACCUUCUACAAUCGGAGCCUCGAAGGCAAUGCCAACGGCAUGAACCUUGCAGACAUGUUUCCGGCCCCCCGACAACAGCCUCACGGUAACGUUGUGGAUGUGGACGACUACCCACAGCAGGAAAUGCACAAAUCACCCCAGCUCCAGCGCAACAAGCGCCCUCUUGCCAUUCUCCCCGCACCACCACCACAAGAGCUCCUCAGCCCCAUGGCAUCAGGCCGUGCAACCACCAUGAGCCCAACCACACGACCCAUGCCAAGCCCCCUCGCACGCUCUGGCAGCCGAUCCUCACUCUUCAAAUCACCACAGCAACAGCAGCAGCAACCCUCGCGGCAGCCAUCGGCCACGGCCUCGCAAGGUCGCGACAGCAUGUCUGCUGCGCCCAUCAAAUCCGAAUCCCCCUCCCUCCUCGAAAACUCUGAAAUCAUGUCCGCCAUACGAUCUGCGAACGCCUCUGCAGGCCAUCCCCCUCCCAACUCCUCAUCCGCCUCUGCGAACCCAAACGCAGCACCACAUCAACCACAUUUUGACUAUGCGGCCGCACUCUCAAACUACCAGACUGCCGACGGUCACGUCCCGCUCACAUCACAGCAACGCGCCGACGUGCUCAGCCAAAUUGCAGCACACUCGACGACCAAUGGAAACAACGCGCUCACGCAGCCCACGCCACCUUCACCCGACAUGUCGAAUCUGCUGAGCGACCUCGCACAGUAUCAGGCGACGCAGCACCAGCUGGAGAUGCUGCAGAAGCUGAGCGAGGAGCAGAACAGUCGGAUUCGCGGAAUCCAGGAGCGUGUGUUGCCUCUGAGUCCUAGCGGGCAGAUUGAGGGCCUCAGCGACGCGCAUGCGCACGUCAAUGGUGGGGGUGUCAAUGGCGGGUCGGGAUCGUACUUUGGCCAGGGUGGCGGCUCGGCGGGCUUGGGCGAGCCCGGUGUGUAUGAUUUGGAUUUUGACAACCUGGUCCAGGGCGAGGACUUUUAUCCCAAUGGCAACGACGAGGAUGACAGCGGGGUUGGCGUCGGCGCACCGGGCUUAUCUGCACCGGGACCGGGGAACCCAGGCGUACAUGCUGUGAGCAGCGGUCUUCCAGACUUUAAUUUCGAGCCUGGGACCCCGUUUGAUGCCGCGGCCGGCGAUGGCUUCGACUUUUCUGCCGCCAUGGAUGGCGUCGGUGGCGUUGGCGCCGGUGCUGGUGCUGGUGCUGGUGCUGGUGCUGGUUGUGUCGGCGUUGGAGGCACGGCCAUGCCGCCCACACACACACCCGUCGAUGACGCGGUCAUGCCUUCGCUCACGGCCCCUGCUCUGGACGGCACGGGUAGUGGGACGGGUAGCAGUACGACGACUAGUCCAGCGCCGACGGUUGAGGAGGUCGAGGAUGAGACGCGUAGACGGAGUCCCAAGAGGAGGAAGAAGUAG